AUGUCUAGUCAAGAUUUUUCAUAAUAGCAAUCUUUAAAGAUAUUUUAAUAAAAUACUCAAAUUUAUAGUAACAAAAAUCUAUAAUAAAAUAAAUCAUUUGAUUUAAAAGAAAUUUCAUAAAAUAAUUCAUUAGAUUUCAAUGAAAUUUCAUUAAAUAAUUCAUUUAAUAUAAAUAAUGAAUAAAAUUUUGUAAAUCCUAAUUUACCCAUAUAGAUUAUUACUCAUCUAACAAAGAAUAAACAAGGUUAAUAACACUUAAACUCUUAUCAUUAAUUAAUAGAUUAUUUUUUUUAGCAUGCAGAUAUUAAAAUAAAAAUUACAAAUAUUGAUGGGGACAUUAUUAAUUAUUUAAGAGAAAUUUAAAAUAAUCUAAAAAAUUUAAACUUAAAUAUUAAAAAUGUAUAAAUAGAUUAAGAAUAACACUUAAAAAAAAAUCUAAUUUAUUAAAUUAAUGAACAAUAGGAUAAUAAUAUUUCACAAUUAGAUAAAAUGACAAUUUUACAUAGUGAAAUAAUAGAGAAUUUUUAUAGAGAAGCUGAAAAACAAUAAAUAAAAAUUAUGAUUAAUUACAAUAAAUAUCAAUAUAAAAUAGAGACAUAAAAUUAGAUGUUAGAUUCUGCUAUUAGAUUUUAUACAUACUUUAAACGAGCAUGGGACAGUUAUGUUAUUUUGACUGUAUAACUUAAAUCAGAAUUUGAAGCAAAUGCAAAAGUUAAAUUAUUAAAAAGGCCAAGAAUCCACGAAUCUUUUUGUAAAGUACUUAAUUUAGAUUAACCAAUUAUUAUAUCUGCUUCUUAGCUUAAUUUAGCAGCUUUUGAAGUUCAAUCAAUAUUAAAAAAUCAGGCAAUGCUAAUAAAAAAAUAAGCUAAUUAAAUAAUAGUAAUUGGUAUUUUGUAUGAUUAAAAUAUCAAAAUUAAAGAUUUACAAAACAAACUUGAGGAUUUUCUUAAUAAUACUUAAAAUAUGAAGAAUGUCAAAGAGACUUUUGAUAUUGAUAUUUCGAUGCCAAAGGAUAUUGAUGAGAUUGAUCAAAGCAUAAGAUAAUUAAAAGAAUAAGUAGAAUUAAUUGAAAUUGUAGUUACAAAUCCAGUAAUUAAUGUUUAAAAUAAAGGAAAGUAUUUAGUAUAAGCUGAAUUGUAAUUAUGGAUAGAAGGUGAUUAACCAGAUUAUAUUAUUAUGUAGAGACUGUAAGCAGUAAAAAAUAAAUUGAAUGAAAUUUAUCAUCCUAAUAUUAUUAUAAAGGUGACAGAAUAAUCAAAAAUUAAAUUAUGGAAUUAAUUUUUAGGGUAAUUAUUUGAAAAUCAAAAUAAUUCUAAAGAAUGUAUAACAAAGUAGGAUAAUUUGAAAUUGAGUAUUGAAUUAAAUGGAAAAUAAGAUGAUAUUUUUGAAAAAUAGCAGAAAAUUAAUUAAUAUUUAGAACAAUUUAAAUGUAUAACCUUAAAUUGUUAAUGUGAUCUAGAGGUAGCUCUAGUAUUAAAGAGUAAGGAAUAUUAAUUUUAAAGAUUAUUUAAUUAAACUUUAACUGAAAUUGCUUCAUAAUUUGGAUAAUGUUUAAUUCAAAUGAUUGAGGUUAAUUAGAAAAAAUAAUUGGUAGUUGAAGUUUAUUAUAAUCAAAUUUAAUUUGAGUAAAAUAUUAUUAUUUAAAAGAUUAAUAUUUUUUUUGAAACUUUAGAAAUUUAAUUAAUAAAAAUUGACUUUAAAGAGUUUUUAAAUUAUAUUGAAAUGAAAGAGAUUUAAUUUUAAGAUGUAUUUCAAGUUGUAGUAUCAACAGAUAAUAAAUAAUCAGAGACAUAGAUUGUAGGAAAAAAAGAGAGUUUAGAAGAUAUAAGUAAUUUUUUGUUUUAAUUUGAAUAAUCAAAAAAAUAAGAUUAAACUUCAGAAACUAUUGAUUGUGAUAAUUAACUAAUAUUUAAUUCAAUUAAAUAAUUUCAAUAAAAGUCUACAUAUAAGAAUAUUAGUGAUGAUAAUGUAAUAAUUAGUUUUCCUUAAGAAAAUAAGAUUAUGAUUUAAGCAUCUGAAAAAUUAAUUAAACAAGAAAAAGAUAAAAUAAUUAUGUAAAUUUAAUGUCUAAAAAGUUAAAUUAAAAAUAAAAUUUGUGAUUUUACAGAUAAAGAAAUCAAAUACAUUUAAAAAAAUUUAGAACCAUUUUUAGAAUAGUUAAAAAAGAAUAAUUAAAUUCUUAUAUCUAUGUCUUCUCAAAUUCAAACAUAACCUUUAACUUAAAAAUCAGUAGCAUGUACAUUGGAAUAUAAAAAUAAAAGUAUAUAAAUAAUUUAUGCUGAUAUUUCUACAAUUAAAUGUGAUGCAAUAGUGAAUUCAUGCAAUAACAAAAUGUCUUUUGGUGAUCAUUUAUAAUUAAGUGGUGUUGCAUAAAGUAUAUUUCAAAUGGGAGGGAUUUAAUAUUAAUCAUUUUGUUUGGAAUAUAUCAAAAAAUAUUAGGAAUUAAAAUUAGGAGUUGUGGCUACAUAUAAAAUGCCAACCUAAAGAUAAAUUAAAUAUAUACUUAAUGUAGCUACUCCUAUUUAUUCUUAAGGUGAUGAAACAGAUGAAGAUUUGAAAAAAAUUCAAGAGAACAUUAAAGCAUUAUUUAAAGAAAUAAAAAAUUUAGAUAUAGAAACUAUAACUAUUCCUAUUUUUGGAGGAGGAGCAUGUGGUUACAGUUUUAAUUAAGCUGCAAGAGUAGUAUUGAAUACUACAAUAAAUGAAUUAUAUUCUGAAAAUAAUUCAAUUAAAACUAUUUACAUUGCAGAAUUAACUGAUGUAAAAAUUGAUUCAUUAAGUAAAAUACUUAAAUUGAUAUUAAAACCACCUAUUAGAGAGAGAGAAAUAAAAUAUUAAUGGUAAUGGUAAGAUUCUGAAGACUUUAAAGAUUAUGAUGAUGAAGAAAUUAAUAAACAAAUUGAUGAAACAUAUGAACAAUUUUAAUUGACAGGUCAAGAAUAAAAUGUAUUAUUGAAAUUUCCAUAUUCUAAAUAACCUGGAACUCAUCUUAUUAAUUUCAAGAAUAAAACUAUUACUGAUAUUUCUUUAAAAACAAUAAAAACUUUAUCUUCAAAAAUGAUUGUAAAUUCAAGAAAGUUUUUUUUUGAUUAAGAGUAAGUUGAUGAUUAAUUAAAUGAAUACUUAAUGAUUUAAGAAUUGAAUGAUAUUAGUUAGUUCACUAUAUUUAAGAAAUAACAUUAUGUAAUAUUUAAGGAAGGAUAAAUGUAUUAAAUGAAUUUAGAAACUUAAUAUAAAAGAAAAAUAUAAAAAUAAUUAUAUUAAAAAAAAAAGAAUUCUUAAAAUUAAUAAAUUAAUUAUUUAGUUAAUAAAAAUUAUAUUUUGAAUGAAACUUAAUUAGGAAUUUCUAAAUUGGUUUAAUAAAAAAAUAAUUAUGAUCAAUUAACAAUAUAAUCUUUUAGUGUUGAUAUAAAUGAAUCUAUUAUAAAAUUAAUUAAAUAAUAAUUAGAAAAUGAGAUCAAAAAAUUAGAAAUUGUUAUUCCUAAUUUACCAGAUGCAGAAAUUGAAAAUAUCCAAAAUUAUAUUUAAUAGGCAGCAUUAUCAACUGAAGGAAAAUUCAUAUAAGGAAAUAAAAUUAUUAUAAAGUAUUUUAUAAAAAAGCACAAAAAAAUUGUUCAAAAUAUUGAUUCAUUAAUAAAUAGAGGAAAAUAUUAUCCAAAAGAAUGGAUUCCAUAAAAUCAAAAUUAUUUAAAAGUUUCUUUAUCUAAUAAUUCUGAUGAAUACAAAAAAAUAUCAAACUUGUUUAAGAAAACAGAUAAUGGAAGUAUAUAAGAGAUUUUUAGAAUUUAAAAUUAAUCAUUAUGGGAUAAUUACAUAAAUGAAAAAAAUAAAUUGAUCCAAAUAUAUUAAUAAUAAGGGAUUGCCUUAAAACCAAUAGAAACAGAAAGGUAUUUAUGGCAUGGAGUAAGAGACUAAAAUCCUUAAGUUAUCUAUUCUGGUUUAAAGGAAGCUUUUGAUUAAUCAUAUUGUGAUGUAACUAUUUAAAUUAUAAUAAUAUUAGGUUGGUUUUUGGGGUGCUGGUAUCUAUUUUGCAGAAAAUGCUAGCUAUUCUCGACAUUAUUCUUAUAAAUUAUAAUAAGCAAAUAAUUAAGGGAAUGGUAAGUGUGUAUUUUUAUGUUGUUUGGUAACAACUGGUAAAGUUAAGAUAUGCCAACAAGAUAAAAAUAUUAAAAGAGCACCUCCAGGAUAUGAUUGUGUAUCAGGUUUUUCUAAUGAAGGUAAUAGUAAUAUAUUUGUUCUAUAUUCUAUGGAUGUAAGAAGAGCAUAUCCAGCAUAUGAGAUUGUCUUUUCAUGA